UCCGGUUAUGUUAGGAAUAAUGUUGUGAAACUUGUAGAUUUCCUUCCUUACACGCAGAAAGCUCAUGUAAGCUUUACGCCAGAUAUCCUUGUUAUAAGAUUCAUGUGUAUCCGGUAACGAUGACAUCUUUUCCAGCCUGCUGUGUCCUGUUUCUGCUAGGAUGUUGCCUAGCGCCCGUGUUCAGUUUUCCGGGUCAGGGAAACUAUGCAGUUGAUGAUGGGUCAUGUUCCGAUCUGCACAUCCAUUGUCGGUGCGGCAAUGCCACCAGUCAUCGCACGACAGAGGUCAAUGUCAAAAGGUGCUUGUUUUCUGACGAAUGGGGAAACACGUACUGUGACCGGUGUAAUAGAACCAUCAAGCUCAGGGAAAUAUGCCGCCCCUUCCGAAACUGUGUGACGUGUGACGGAAGUGAACGAAGAUGUGUCACGUGUCCUUUAGAGAAGUUUGGUAAACUGUGCAAGAAAAAUUGCAAAUGUGAAAAUGGGGCAUCUUGCAAUCGAAAAGGUGUCUGUGUCUGUCCUAAGGACUACACUGGUGCCCAGUGUGAACACAAACUUGCUGGAAAGUGUGUAAUCCCCAGUCCAGGUGAACAUAUGAUGAUAAAAACAAGCGAUGAAUUCUUCAUAUAUCUGAUGGUGGUUACAUGUGAAACUGGUUAUAAACUGGAAGGAUUUGACGUCAUUGACUGUAUAGAUGGAAAAUGGAACGCGAAUCUGCCAAUCUGUCGGAAGGAGAUCAACUGUCUACCUGUCAAGCUGGAACACGGGUGGGCUGUCUACUCCACUGAUACCAAGUCGGACUUCUACGAAGAAGGAACGGAAAUGACGUAUGAAUGCGACUUCGGAUACUAUCCCUCUGGUUCAGAGAGGCUGGUUUGCGGAAAAGAUGGCCAAUGGGAAGGAAAUACUCCCAGAUGUAUCAACGAGACCGACGUGGCACUGUCUGCCAUUUGUCCUCCGACAGAACAACCGGAUCAUGGUUUUGUGACAACUUUAGGAACCAGCGUGCACUAUCACUGUGAAAAGAACUACACGCUGGUGGGUAACCGAACCAACCACUGCGAGCUGAAUGGCAGAUGGUCUGGAGACACGCCCACGUGUUUUUACGUGGUUACGUGCGGGGAACCUGAAGUAUCAAACAACAUGGAUCAUUGUUUUGGAUAUGGAUGCAGCUCAAACAUGUUGCAUAACGAUGAUACCACCAACACUGACCCAUGCCUGCCGUAUGUGAAGGUCGGAAAUGACGUCAUUCACCUCAAUCCUGGGCAGUAUCCAAACGGUACAGUUGUGGAAUACCGGUGCCACGUCUUCUAUCGUCUGCACGGCAUCUUCAGACGGCGCUGUGAUGUCACGGGAAGAUGGACUGGUCAAGAACCAUAUUGUGAAGCCGAAUGUGGAAAGCGUUCAACACUUGCCAAAGGCUUGGUGAUCAACGGGACGCCAACUCUGAUUGAGCUAUGGCCCUGGCACGUGGGCCUCUCUGCCUUCAACAAAACUACUAAAAAAUUGUCCAUUGUGUGCGGCGGGAGCCUCAUCUUUGACGAGUGGGUAGUAACAGCAGCACAUUGUUUGAAGACGUACAGACGAAAACAGCUGAGGGUGGAACUUGGGAAGCUCCACUUGGAAACCAAGGAUGGCGAAAACGUCCAACAAAGGGAGAUUAAAAAAAUCUAUCGCCAUCCCAAUUACAACAGCGGCAAUUACGAUUCGGAUAUAGCACUUCUUCGUCUUAAGAAGCCAGCGGACCUCACAAACAAAGUCAAACCAGUGUGUCUUUUGUCUAAACCGAACAUCGACUCGCAAAGCAAGAAUUACGUCAUCACUGGGUGGGGAAAGACCGAGAACGAGAACAGAUCAAUGGCAGAAUCACUGAGAAUGGCAACGCUGAACAUACCUAAUGACGAAGAGUGUAGAAAGCAGAUCAUGCGAAAUGGAACUGGUGAUUACAAAGUAACGGAGAACAUGAUGUGUGCUGGAAAUCUGGACCCUGAAACAGAUGCCUGUUCUGGUGAUUCUGGAGGACCGCUUGUUUCAGAAGGUACUGACGGCAGAUGGUAUCUGGAGGGAAUCAUCAGCUGGGCACGCGAAGAGCCGUGUGGUCAGAGCUAUGGUGUGUACACCAGGGUGAACCGCUUCGUUUCCUGGAUCAAAGAGAUCACUGCCAAGGGGUAGACAUGCCGGUAGUCAAAUCACAGACACGCCGGUGGUACAAUCACAGACACGCCGGUAGUCAAAUCACAAAUACUGUUUACUCAAAGAAAUACUUCAACAAAUAGAUACCAGAAUUUUGAGACAAAAAUAUAUUACUGGUGUCUGUGGAAUUACUCAAAACACUUUUAUUCUCAUGACCUCGUAAUUGUGAUCCUGUGCUAUGUAUUGCACUCAUAGCCAAUUUUAUUGGUAAAUUUGAAUGAAAAACUGUAAUACAUGAUCGUGUGGUAUAUCUGCUUAAUGCAGUCGAAUGGGCAUUUGGCAAAAUCGUGGUCGAUUCCAUAAAUCUCUAUUUAGUGCCUCAUCGAUAGAACAGCUAAUCCCGAGGAGAUCCUUUACUGGAGAUUCCAUCCCUCUUAUACUGCCACAAAGAAGUAUGCCACUUCAAGACUAUUUGACUAAAUCAAAACUAGGACCGGACAGAGAUCAUUACAAUAAGUAGUUGUUAUGACAUGCACUCAUGAAUCACUGUUUUAACAGUGAUGAUAUCAGGUGUUUUUCUGUACAUUAUAAAUGAAAAUUUAAAGAAGCAUUAUACAUACUGCAUUACUGUCCAAAUGAACAAAGUUUGUUUUGUUUAAUGACACCACUAGAGCACAUUAAUUUAUUAAUAAUUGGCUAUUGGAUGUCAAACAUUUGGUAAUUUUGAUAUACAUAGCCUUAGAAAGAAACCUGCUACAUUUUUUCAUUAGCAAGUGUUCUUUUAUAUGUGCCAUCCCACAGACAGGAUCACACAUACCACAACCUUAGGUGGUGCACUCGCUGGAUCCUAAUGAACAUUCGAUUCUUAACAUGGAUAAAGAAAAACAUAUUUUAUAUAAAUGAGUUUGUAGAUCGAGUAUCAUUGUAUAAUUAUGUUGCAUGUUGUAUAAUAUAGAUUAAUUUUUACGUGUACCUAGUCAAUAAAGUGAAGACUUCACAUUAUCAUUGCAUGUA